AUGGAUGGCAUCUUGCAAGUCUUCCAGAAUAAACUCAUCUGCUCCAUCUGCAGGAACUACUUCAUAGACCCCAUCACCAUAGAAUGUGGGCACAGCUUUUGCAGGCCCUGUUUCUACCUCAGCUUGCCAAACAGAUCAGUUCUUGCUCGCUGCUCUGAAUGCCAGAAAGCAAUCCAGCAGAGAGACUUUCACACAAAUGUCACUCUCAAGCAAAUGGUUCUCACUGUCAGACAAGCCCGUCUGUGGCAUUUCCUGCGCUCUAAGGACAAUAGGUGUAGGAUACACAUGGAGGCAAAGCAGAUCUUCUGUGAGGACCAGAGGAGCCUGCUCUGUUUGCACUGCUCUACCUCCCAGGAGCAUGAGGCUCACAGACACUGUUCAGUAGAAGAGGCGGCUGAGCAACACAGGGAGAAACUCCUCAAGACAAUGCGCUCUUUAUGGGAGAAAUGUUGUGAAAAUGACAGAAACCUGAAUGUGGAAACUGUCACAUCCAGAUCUUGGGAGGUUUAUGUGACCUCAAAGGGUGAAGCGAUCAGAGCUUUAUAUGAUCAGUUGGCUCCAUUUUUCUAUCUGAAAGAGCAUCAUCAUUUAGAGAGACUGCAAAGGGAAGGCAAGGAGAUUUUUGACCAACUCAAGGACAGUGAAGCCAGGAUGGCACAGAAGAGGCAGCUUUUAAGAGGAAUGUAUACAGAGCUGAAGGAAAUGUACCAUAAACCAGAUGUAGAGCUGCUCCUGGAUUUUGGAGACAUAUUGCCCAGGAGUGAGGCAGUGUGUGUGCACAUGCCCCAGCCUGUGAAAGCGGAGCUCACUGCAGUGGCCAUUCCGGAGAUGAUGACAAGGUUCAACUUGCUCAAAGGAGUCUCUUGUGAUGAUUGGAUAAAGAUGAAUAUAAAUCUCCAGAAGGCAUUCUAUCUUCUUGGCUGUGCUAAAACGGACAUGCACCACAGUGUCUUCACCACCUCCCCACUUUUACUGCAAUAUGUGCCCAAACCUAUAGGUCGAGUAGGGAUAUUCCUGGAUUAUGAAGGUGGAAGUGUGACCUUUGUAAAUGUAACGCAAAGUUCCCUUAUAUAUGGAAAUUCACAGGAUGGUCAGACCAGUAUUCUCCUCAUCUUCCUUGGUAUCUCCGUCUAG